UGUAAGGAGUUUAGGCGUUUUAGCUUAACGUGAAAAACCUCUCAACCUCGCUGGUCGGUGGUUCAUAACAUAAUCCCGUUGAUGGUCUGUGACAUAAUCAACGCCUCGCGCUUAUACGAUACCUCGCCUGUCCAUGAUGUACCAUAAGCCCUCGGCGUAGGAGAAAUUAAGAGAAAUGGUUUCAUUUAGAGAUUGGCCCAGAUAUAUCUAGCCUUAUUGCCUUCACUGCCACUUUGAAAUAGGUUACCUAAUUAUGCAUGCCAAUUGUCAUCAUUGACCAGGAUAGCAGCUUCAAUGUUUAACAUGAAUAUAAAUUACAGUUUAAUUUGUGCAGUUCGUAAUGGAGAUAUGGGAAGAGUGAGAAGGUUAAUUGAUGCUUAUGGUCAGUCUGCUUCAAAUGCAUGGCCGGAAGGUUACGUUUUUCUUCGUGGUGCUAUUAAAAAUGAUCAACCAGAGAUUGCCAAAUUACUUCUAAAUGGUUGCAAUGUUAUGGUUAAUAGUCGAAAUACGCUGACGGAUACACCUCUUCAUUUUGCUGUUAGAAAUGGCAACUUAGAAAUUGUUGAUAUGCUUCUAGACAGACAUGCUGAAAUCAAUGCUAAAAAUGUAGAUGGCACUACUCCACUUCACAUUGCUGUUGAAAAUGGUCAUGAGAAUCUUGUUAAGUUGCUUCUGGAACGUGGGGCUGAUGUUAAUAUUGAAGAUCGUUAUGGUAGAAGCGUACUAUAUGUUGCUGCUGCAAAUAAACACUGCAUAAUUGUCAGACGAAUUUUAGAAUUUUGUCCCGAUGUGCGCAGCAAAAGUAACAGGACAGCUCUUCAUGUUGCAGUGCGGGAGAGGUGUUGCUUGAUUGUUGAAUAUUUGCUUGAAUAUGGUUUUUAUAUAGAACGUGAAAAUGUAAAUGAUUAUGAACUGCUAGAUGCUGCUGUUACGGAAGGAUAUUUGGGAAUUGUUGAACAGCUUUUAAAAUAUGGUGCUGAUGUUGACAAAUUAACAUAUAAUAAACUUACACCUUUACAUAGAGCGACAGAAAGUAAAGUGGAGGGAGUAGUUAAUUUAUUGAUAAAUUAUGGAGCUGAUGUUAAUUAUAAAGAUAUGCAUGGAAGAACUGCCAUAUUUUACGCUGCUAGGAACACAGAUUUAAACAUUUUUUACCUGCUUUUACCUAAUUCUGAUACUAGCAUUAUUGAUAAAGAUGGACAAUCACUAUUGCAUUUUACAGCUUUGGAAACUGACGAGCUUUCUACUGAUGCUGUUGAUAAUGCUAGGGGAGCAAUUGCAAAAAUGGUUUUAAGUCAGGGUGCUAAUGUAAAUGCUCAAAAUAGAUGUGGUAACACACCUCUUCACAUUGCUGUUCAAUCAGAAUUUGUGCAGGUCAUUGAAGCUCUUUUAGAACAUAAUGCAGAUGUUGAUUGUUCCAAUCAAUGGAACAAAUCCCCACUUCACCUUUCUGCUAAACAAGGAAAUAAAGUAAUUACCGAAAUGCUUCUAAACAAAGGCGCUAAUGUCAAUGCCAGAGAAAGAAAUGGAUUAACUCCCCUUUAUAAGGCAAUUGAAGGGGGACAUAAAAAUGUUGUAGAAGUGCUACUCGAACAUGGUGCUCAUUUGGAUUGUAUGAUCAGAAAUAACUUAACACCAUUGCUGCAUUUUGCUGCUGCUCAGAGAUGUUGUGAAAUUAUUAAAACUAUGUUAAAAUUUGGAGCUGAUGUUAAUUCCAGAGAUCAUGAUGGCAGCAUAGCACUUCAUGUAGCUUCUAGGAACGGACGUAAAGAAAUUGUUUUGACUCUUUUAGAAUAUGGCGCAGACAUUAAUGUUAUAAAUAAAAAUAAUCAGACACCACUAAUCGCCGCUAACUGUACUAAAGUGUAUGUAAUUCACUAUAAUCUUAUUAAUGAAUGGGACCUUGAUAUUGAUUAUGAGCAUGAUUCAUUGGACUUGACUGGUGAUAUUCUUCAAUGCCACAUAGUGAAAAUGACUACUGCAGGUUUGUAUGUAAGCCGAGAGAAUUUAGAUGCCAUGUAUCAGUGGUAUGGCAAAAUGGAUAACUUCGAAAAUGACUGUGAGCAGGAAAUUGUGACCAUGAAGAGUGAGAAAAUUUACAAUACAAACAUAACAUUUUAUGAUAUAUUAUCAAAAGGUAUAAAUCAAUUAGUAUUAUGCAUAAGGAACGAACACAUUACAAGUGUUUUAAAACCUGAUAAUAUAGGGAAAAAAUUUCCAUUAUAUUGUAGCAUGCUACAAGAUCGUGUCCGAAAAGGUUUGGAACGGAAAAGGUUACUUGAACAAGGUGAUAGAAUUUUUCAAUUCUUACGCAAAAACCUUCCUAGUUUACCAUUACCCUGCACAGAAAGAAUAUUUAGUUAUCUGAGUAAUAAGGACUUGAAAAAUUUCAUUGGUGCUGGUGAGUGGUGAGCUCAUAAUCUGACGUGCCUUUGUGAUUCAAUCUAUAUCCUUAUGAAUUCUUAGUUAGUUUUGUAUAAUAUAUGUGCUUUAUUACAAAAAAUCUAGUGUGUUAAGUUUCAAUAAAUUUGUUUUCUCUAUUUAUUAGAGAUCCUUCCACAUCUUUCUAUUAGCUUUGAUUUUAUGUAGGCAUAGUUGCCCCGAGGACUGUAGGUAGUACCAUUGUAUGUUUAUUAUAAGUAGGUCAACAGAUGCAAUAAUGGGCUCUACAGUGAACGAGCUCCAAUAAAGUUGUGCAACAUUCCUGUAGGUUGUAGGUUUAUACCUGAACUAAAUGAGAUGUACUUGGAUGAACUGUAUAUAACUACACUUUUAAUAAUAUAAUUUACAUAAUU